UGUGUGUAUCAAGGAUUUAAAUGCAAAACAAUGCAACUAUAAAAAUAUUAAAAGAAAGAAUUGGUGAUUUAAAAAAUCGUUUUUAGGUGGCAAGGAAGAAUGACAGAAACCUGGAAGCAAUUAACAAGAAGACGGAUACGACAAAUAUCACUUCUAAGAAAUGACCCGAAUACUUAAAAGCUUACCAAUUACUGCGAAUCCACUCGUAGGGAUCUGUGCCAAGGAGACGAUUACAAUAUAUUACAAUAAGCCUGGGUUUGAAUCCAAGGGCAGUCACGGCAGCUGCAAUUUCCUUAUCUAGGCAACAGCAGGGACUUGGUUAAAGUAUUAAGGGGUGAGGCCGUAAGUUUCUGAAGUCUCAAGUGCACGUCGUUUUGUAAGGUCACCUGGCAGGUUGAUCCGGGGAUGGUUGAUGGACGAGAUAAGGUGGGGCUGGGGAGGAGGCAGAGCCGCCCCCACUCGCAUCCCAUUAAGACUCUGGAGCAUCUCCGAAUCCACCAGGUGCCACUCAAGGUCCGCCUCACUUAGGCCAGGAUGGAGGCGGCGCCGGAAAAGGCCGGGCUGGCGGAAUUGAAAUUGAAAUUGAGGUGGGCGCGGCCCGGCCCCUGCCCCGCUGAGCUCAGGACGCGUUCCGCCAGGCGGCCAGGCUGGUCCGAUCUCCGCCCCAAACCCUACUUAGUGACCGCUGCAGGGCACAGGACUGUAUCCCGGGAAAGGCUAACCGUCCGGGAGAGGAGCUUUGCGCCUCUGACCCGCAGAGGUCGGCGCUCACACGCUCCGGGGCUGGGAGGAGAGGGACCCGAGGCCACGGGUGCAGCGCGCUCAGAUCGGCCUGAUUCCCGCGGAGGAAGGAAGGACAGCGAUGUCCGGCAGGGCCAGGACUCGAGCCCGCGGCAGAGCGCGCGGUCGGGCGUCCCCGCAACCUGCGGCCCCCGGAGCGUCCGCGGCACCUGGAGCGGCGGCACCUGGAGCUUCAGCGGCGCCUGGAGGCGCUACGACGACCCGGCAACCUGGGCAAAUUCUGCCUAGACCCCAGCCACUGCCAGCAGAAAGCCAAGUGGUUGAGCCUAGGCAACCAAGAGGAGCGGAAGGAACGUCUCAGCCUUCAGCGGAACUCCAGCUCUCGGCUGGCUUGCAGGCGGCCUCGCUGAGGGGGAACAGGGGUUUCAGCGGGGUUUUUCGAGACCUGGUGGUGAACACCCGGCAGAACCUGGAACAUGUCAGAAAGUCGAAAACAGGCUCGAAAGGUACAGCUGUAAGGCUAUUUGCGAACCAUUUCCGAGUGACAUCUCGUCCCCAAUGGGUCACGUAUCAGUACAACGUUGACUACAAGCCAGACAUAGAGGAUGGAAGUCUCCGUGCGGACUUACUGAAACAACAUGAAUCGUUACUUGGAAAGUGUCGUAUAUUUGAUGGAAACUCUUUAUUAUUACCACGUGUGCUACGUAAACGAAAAACGGAAGUGGUCAGCAAGUACAAAGAACAGCCUGUGAAGAUUACCAUCGAGUUCUCCAGAGAGCUCAUGCCCACCUCGCCAGAUUGCCUGCGCUAUUACAACAUUCUCUUUAGAAAAAUUUUGAAGUCGAUGGAAUUGAAACAGAUUGGUCGCAACUAUUACAAUAAAUGUGGAGCCACUCAGUUCUUGGAUCAUAGUCUGGAAGUCUGGCCUGGUUACUUCACAUCUAUUCUUGAAUAUGAAAACAGUAUUACCCUCUGUGCCGACGUGAGCCACAAACUGCUCCGAAUGGAAACUGCUUAUGAUGUAAUAAUGAGGAUUGUUGACACUCCCAGAGAGGGAGAUGUCAAACAGCGAGUUUCUAAAGCAUUAGUUGGCUUAAUCGUUCUCACCAAGCACAACAACAGAACCUACAGGGUGGAUGCUAUUAAUUGGGAGGAGACUCCUAAAGCUACAUUUAAAAAGUCAGAUGGCAACAGAAUCACCUUUGUGGACUACUACAGGCAGCAAUAUGACACACAGGUCACUGACUUAACUCAGCCACUUCUGAUCAGCAAGGGAAAAUGGAAGAAGAGCCAGCAGGACACACCCAACGAACCUGUACUGCUGGUCCCUGAGCUCUGCAGCCUGACAGGUCUAACAGAUGCCAUGCGUCAAGACUACAGAGUGAUGAGAGACCUGGCUCUUCACAUGAGGUUGGAUCCAGACAAAAGGCAGCACGAACUGCAAAAAUUCAUGAAUACUGUACAAAGAGAUAAGACUGCGCAAGAGGAGCUUCGACUCUGGGAUUUGAAAUUCGAUACCAACUUUUUGUCCUUCUCAGGAAGACUGCUGAAAGAAGUCAGAAUUUGCCAGGGAAGAAGAGUGUUUAACUCCCAUCCACUGUUUGCAGAAUGGUCAAAAGAAACAAGAAAGGGCCCCUUACUUAAGGUGAAGUCCCUGGAUGAUUGGCUAAUGCUUUACACUAAGAGAAAUUACGGGGCAGCCGUUUCGUUAAUGCAGUGUCUACGGAAAGUCACACCCACCAUGGGCAUAGCUAUGAGAGAUGCCAAAAUGCUUGAAGUCAAUGACACAGUCAAAUCCUAUAUAAAUGUCUUAGAAAAACACGCCUCAUCAAAGACACAGAUGGUCGUUUGCGUGCUGUCAAGUGACAGGAAAGAAAUGUAUGACGGCAUAAAGAAAUUCUUGUGCGUCAAUUACCCCAUUCCAAGCCAGUGUGUGGUGGCGCGGACCUUAGACAAACCCCAGACGCUGAUGACCAUUGCUACAAAGAUCGCCCAGCAGAUGAAUUGCAAGAUGGGAGGAGCCCUCUGGAAGGUGGAAACAGGAUUGCGGAAUACAAUGUUCAUCGGUAUCGAUUGUUUCCACGAUAUUGUAAAUCGACGGAAGUCAAUUGCAGGAUUUGUGUCGAGUGUCAAUGACGAAUUAACACAGUGGUUCUCUCAAUGUAUCUUCCAGGAAUCGGGGCAGGAGCUUGUGAAUGGGCUGAGGGACUGCUUGCAAGCUGCUCUGAAGCUCUGGCGUGAACAUAAUCCAUUUAUGCCACGUUCUGUUAUUGUGUAUCGGGAUGGCGUGGGAGAUGGUCAGCUUGAAGCAUUGAUUAAGUAUGAGAUACCACAGAUUUCAUCCUGCUUAGAAAGUAUUUUACAAACGAACGAUGUCAAACUAGCUGUCAUUGUGGUGAAGAAACGAAUCAACACCCGAUUUUUUGUUGAGUCUGAAGGAAAACUUCGAAAUCCACGUCCAGGAACAGUCGUUGAUGUAGAGUUGACCAGGAAGGAGUGGUACGAUUUUUUUAUUGUGAGUCAGUCUGUGAAAGAUGGUACUGUCACGCCUACUCAUUACAACGUCAUCCACGACACCGUUCGCUUGAGCCCAGAUACGGUCCAGGGGCUAACUUACAGACUAUGCCACAUGUAUUAUAAUUUGCCAGGUGUCAUCCGAGUUCCGGCUCCUUGCCACUACGCCCACAAACUGGCUUACCUCGUGGGCCAGAGUAUUCACCAAGAGCCACAUCAUUCCCUGACAAACCGUCUCUUUUACCUUUGACCUACAGAAGGAGGCCAGAUGGGAUGUGGAAGACCACAAUUUGGAAAUGGAUUGAUUUUUUUCCUUUUGAAGCUGUACGUCUCAAAUAUUUUCCUGGACGCAGAGUUUUAGAGUCUAAUCAUCCUUGAUUGGACAUGGAGGAGAUUCAGGGGGGUGGAUGCUAUUUUCCAUCCUACCACUGACUUAACAUGAGACUUCUGUUUUCCAGGAGGGAGAACUGACAGUGAGGGUUAGGUCUUGCAAUUUACCUUUCAAAUGUGUUACAAUGACUUUAUGAUGAAAGGUGCCUGCAUGUUUUGCACUCUGAGCAAGGCUGCUUGAUUAAUUGCAGUGGUUGGGCAUUAGCUACCUGGAGGGUACAUCUACGAACUAGUCAUUCUAUUUGGAAAGUGAUAGAUACUUUAUUUUUGAAACAUUUUGUUUUUAAAGGACAGCAAACUGAUAAAAAUAGCAAAAUUAAAUGGGGAUUUGUGUUAUUUAAUAUUUUGUAUGAAAGAAAGAACCUAUAUGAAGUAUUGUUUAUUCUUGGUACUGGGGUGGGAAUUUGAAUGUAUUUUUGGCGAAGCUGUAAUAAAGGAGAGCCUUGUGAUUUAAAAGUUGGCAGCUUAGGAACAUUGAGACAUUUUGUCACUUUUUCCACAAAGAAGGGAAAUUAUGAGCUCUAUUAGCAUUUCUGUUUAAUUCAUCCUCUGGAGCAUGUUCCAAGUGGGAUAUUACCGUGUUAGCUGUACAAUAAUCAGAAGAGACUCCUGAAUAAGUUGUUUAAAUGAAGCUAUUAUGUUUCUCCUGAAAGUAAACACGUUAUUUUCUCUCCAGUUAAAACUAUCUUUAAAUAGAAUCCGGAAACAGUACGUGAAACUUGGUUUUCUUAUACUCCUAAAUAGAGUGGUAUUUCCGGGGAGGGGGUAAUGAGUUUCAGAAAUAUACCAGAAAGGGUAUGUUUAUAAACAGUAUAGUUCCUUUGACUAUUAGUUCAUCAAUUUAGGUUUGCAAUCGAAUUCAUCUUAUAAGAGAUAAAAUUAAAGCAAGUCAUUUAAAAAUAUAUCAUAAUCUAGUAACCUCUACCCAACAGUACUGCCAGUAAUGAUAAAUAUAAUACAAGAGAUGGGUCCAUGAUUAAAGAAAGUUAAGGCAAUAUGUUCUUUUCAAAAAUAGAAUUUGAUUUAUGAUAGUACUUUCUAGAAAUCUAUAAAAAUAAUUUGGAAGGAACAGAUUCAAAGUAGUUAUUAAAAACUUUCUGAAUGUUUCCUAUAAAUGCAAUGCAAAUAUCAUUUAUUCAUAGCACUAUACAAUAAUGUCUAGAUUUAUAAAUUUAA